AUGAGUACAAAGCGUAUUCGUCAUCGAUUUGCUCGACGACAACAUCAUACAAAUUAUAGUAAUACUCGUCAUCGACAUGCUAAAGUAACAAUUAGAGAACCACCUAAUGAAAUUAAAUCAGAUCUUAUUCAACAAUUUAAUAGUUGGUGUGUUAGUUUACGAAUCGUGGCAACAUAUGAAUUUGAUAAUGAUGAAGAAAAUAAUCAUCGAUGCAAAAUGACAUUACCUAUAUUUCCUAAUUUACAAUCAAUUGGUAAUGGAGCAAAAACAAAGAAAGAAGCAAAAGCAAAUGCUAUUAUUGCUUUUCUUGCUCAUAUGGAAAAACGCAAACAAUUUCCAAAUCUACUUCGUAAUGUGCAAGUUGAAUUACGUCGAGCAAAUGUUUCAACACCAGAUUUAAAUAGAAAUAUAAACGAAUAUUUAUUGGCUGAUCGAUUAAUAUCAACACGUCUAGCAAAAAAAUAUGAUAGAAUUAUUAAAAUUAUUGAACGAAUUUGUGAUGUUCGCAUAAUAAGAUUAUGGCAAUCACAAAAUAUUACAUUUAUUUAUAUAGUUGGAUCUAAAGCAAAAGAAGAAUUAAUUCGACCAUAUGUAAAAGCUUUAUUUCAACCGGAUAAUGAACAAAUGUUUAAUUAUGGAGAAAAAUUAUUUGAUAUAUUUAGUGAUGAAACAUUUCUUGAUGAUGUUUGUCAACGUCUUAAAGUUUUAUGUGAUAAUCAUCUAGAACAUUGUAAAUUAUUUAUUCGUGGAAGUUCAGUUAAUGUACAGUGUUGUUAUAAUGAAUUUAUUGGACUUCGUCGUGAAUUUGAAAGUGAAUUUCAUCAAAAUCAAAAAUAUGCAUCUACAAAAUCAAUCGAAUCUUCAAAACCAAUCGAACCUUUCAAUCCAAUGGAAUUAAAAAAUUCUAUUGAACAAUUAGAAUCAACACGUAUUGAUAAUGAUGAAAAAGAAGAAAAAGAUAAUGAUCAAUUACCAGAUUAUUCAAUUUAUGAUGAUGAUGUUAAUGCAUCAAUGUUAAGAGUAUUAAGAAAUGAAGAGGAUGUUCAAGAAGAAACAUUAACUCAAGAUGUAACAACGAAAAAUUCACCGGUCGUCAUUGAAGUUUCAGAUGAUUCCUCAGAUAGUGCUGAUUUACAAAUUGUUCAAACAAUUGAACCAAAAGUUCAAAAGAAAACUGAUCAAUUACAACCACCUGUUCCAUCUCAAAAUCCGUUUCAACUAUUUGCAGCACAAUCUGAAUCAAUGUCUCAAUUUCAAAUUACAUUUCAACCUCCUGUGCAACCACCAUUACGUCAACCAAGAAUUCUCCGUCAUGUUGUUCUGGAUGGACAAAAUAUUGCUCGAAAUACCAAUGACUACAAUCGUGUAUUUUCUUGGUCUCGUUUGUCAAAUGCAAUCAAUUAUUUCAAAAAUCGUGGUCAUGAAAAUAUUAUUGCAUUUCUUCCUCUGUAUCUUCGAGAUUAUUCAAACAAACAAUUAUCAGUAAAUGAUAUGAAUCGUGAGCGACAAACUCGUGAUUCUUUAAUUAAUUCACGUUAUAUUGCAUUUACACCAUCACGAUAUAAUAAUGGAAAACGUUUAACAAAUUAUGAUGAUCGAUUUAUUUUGCAAUAUGCAGCCGAUAAUGAUGGAGUAGUUGUUAGUAAUGAUAAUUUUCGUGAUCUUCAACAUGAAAAAAGUUUUCAAUUUGUUAUUAAUAAUCGAAUUUUACCAUUUGCAACUAUAAAUGAUACAUUUAUGCCUGCAACAGAUCCACUUGGUCGAAACGGACCUAAUCUAGAUGACUUUCUAUCAAAACCAUUUCUGUAA